CUUCGCAAAAUUUUCUGAAACUUCGUCACAUUACGCACUAGCUACCAUGGAUACUUGGCUGCAACCAGUGUUUACCGACCUGCUGGAAAACAAAAAGUUUUCUGAUUGCCUCAUCGUUGUGGAGCCUGAAACGUUUGAUUGCCACAAAGUGAUCUUAGCAAGUGCAUCCGAGUUCUUUGAGCGCAUGUUCCUAGGGGAUUUCAAGGAGUCCAGGUGUGGCCAAUUUAUUGUGAACGAUGUAAAGCCGGAAACGUUCAAAUAUUUCCUGGAGUACAUCUACACGUACAACAUUAAGAACUUGAAAAAGUACAACAGCACAAUACUCAUGGACCUUUUGGUGGUUGGAACCAAGUGGCUGGUAGCCUCACUUCAAUCAGAUUGCGUUAAGCUUCUCACGGAGCGAGCCAAAGCGAUGACGAUUGGCGAUCUGCUCGAACUAUUUCAGGGUGCGCACAAAUCGUUGAUCGAUGUGGCCAAGAAGAACCUUAAGGAAAGAUAUAAAGAACGCAUGAAUUGCUACGAAGCUCUUAUGCUCACAUCCGACGUCUUCGAGAAGUACCUCAUUGUCACCGAUGGCUAUAUGGAAGAGGUCGAACGGUUCAAAAUGAUUCAGGCCUACGUUAACGUAAAUGGGUUGCACGUUGCCGAAACGUCCGAUUACUCUGGAGAUGCUGAGCCAGAUAAAAAUGAAGCCUCUGGUGUUAUAGAGAUAGAAGACGUGAACAAAGUCGGCGAAGGAAUUCGCAAGGAACUGUGCGAGGUGAAACCCGUGGGCGACACUGCCACCAAAGCAGUCGAGCUCGACGUAGGCGACCAACAAGAAAUGAAACUUAAAGCCAUACAUUCAAAAUAUGUCCGCACGCUUUUGGGAUAUAUAAAUUAUGAAAAUAUGACCAAAGCCCAGUUCUUCGAAGUUGUUGGAAAAUCAUCUUUGUUGGAUUUUAAAGAAAAGUUCGAAAAAUUCAACUUAACUGCUGAGUGGCAGUACGAAGAUUGACUUGGGAUGCCUGGA